ACUACGGCACUCUUUAUCGGUCAAGCCUCGUGCUGCUGUAGUGAGCUGUGCGCGUCUCCUCCUUGCCUCAUCACUCAUCAGUCUUUCCCAUUUCAAAUUUUGAAAGACUUUCUGGAGUUAGCUCGUUUCGCAAUUCACUCACACAAUUGUGCUUCUUCCCCCAAACUCUCCCUAAUUUUUGUACUUUUCUUUUUUCAUUUAUUUCUUAAUCUUUCAUCAAUCUUGCUCCACAAAUUUUAUACCAAUUUAAUUGAAGAAUCUUUAAGCAGUAACGAAAAAACCCACCAAAAAAUGGAGAUUGUUAAUGGUCCAAUUUCUUCUUGUUCUAAAGAACACCAAAAAGUUUAUCAGCAAUGGUUUGCAGUCGCUGAUUCUGAUGGAGAUGCUCGGAUUACUGGAAAUGAUGCAAUAAAGUUCUUUGCCAUGUCUAACUUGUCCCGAUCUGACCUUAAGCAGGUUUGGGCGCUUGCAGAUACCAAGAGACAGGGAUAUCUAGGGUUUAAGGAGUUUGUUGCUGCUAUGCAGCUCAUAUCUUUGGCUCAAGCUGGACACGAGUUGACGUCUGAUCUCCUUAGCAAUGCAGUUAUGGAAGACAUUCAACUUCCGGUGAUGGAAGGACUAGAUGUGUUGUUAGCCAAAAAGAAGAGUGUGAAGACAUAUGUUGAACCUGAACUAAAUGGAUCACCAUCUUCUCAACGACAAUCAUUGCCUACUUCGAGUUGGUUUAGUUCGAAGCCCUCAAAGAAGGUACCCCUUAGUGCAGUAACUUCCAUAAUUGAUGGUUUGAAGAGAUUGUACUUAGAGAAGCUGAAGCCAUUGGAGACUACAUACCGCUUUCAUGAUUUUGUGUCACCUCCACUGACGAGUAGCGAUUUUGAUGCUAAACCAAUGGUUAUGCUGUUGGGACAAUAUUCAACCGGAAAAACUACAUUUAUAAAGCAUUUGCUGAAAUGUGAAUAUCCAGGAGCUCAUAUUGGACCAGAGCCUACAACAGAUCGUUUUGUUGUUGUCAUGUCUGGACCAGAUGAAAGGAGCAUUCCCGGAAAUACGAUUGCUGUCCAAGCAGACAUGCCAUUUAGUGGCCUUACAAACUUUGGAGGAGCAUUCUUAUCAAAAUUCCAGUGUUCACAAUUGCCGCAUUCUUUGCUGGAGCAUAUAACUUUUGUCGACACACCUGGGGUUCUGUCCGGAGAGAAGCAGAGAACGCAAAGAAGCUAUGAUUUUACAGGGGUAAUAUCAUGGUUUGCAGCAAAGUGUGAUAUGAUUCUUCUCUUGUUUGAUCCCCACAAGCUUGACAUAAGUGAUGAAUUCAAGCGAGUAAUUGCAUCCUUACGUGGUCAUGAUGAUAAAAUUCGUGUUGUCCUAAACAAGGCGGAUCAAGUUGAUACCCAACAGUUAAUGAGAGUUUAUGGUGCACUGAUGUGGUCACUUGGGAAGGUACUAAAUACCCCUGAGGUUUCUCGUGUUUAUAUCGGUUCAUUUAAUGACAAGCCUAUAAACGAAGACGCAGUUGGUCCAAUGGGAAGAGAUCUUUUUGAGAAAGAACAAAAUGAUCUGCUUAAUGAUCUGAAGGAUAUCCCAAAGAAAGCAUGUGAUAGACGAAUCAAUGAAUUUGUCAAACGUGCUAGAGCAGCUAAGAUUCAUGCUUACAUAAUUAGUCAUUUGAAGAAGGAGAUGCCAUCUAUGAUUGGAAAGGCCAAAACUCAACAACGGCUCAUUGAUAACCUUGAAGAUGAAUUUGUAAAGGUCCAGAAGGAAUUCCAUUUACCAGCAGGCGAUUUCCCAUACGUGGAACAUUUCAGGGAAGUUCUUGGUGGCUAUAGUAUCGACAAAUUUGAGAAGUUGAAGCCGAAGAUGAUUCAAGCUGUUGAUGAUAUGCUUGGCUAUGACAUUCCUGAGUUGUUAAAGAAUUUUAGAAAUCCAUACGAGUGAAUGUAAAUGAAGGAACCCUGGAAGUUUCAGAGAAGCGACAUUCAUGGUUACAUCACGUAGCUUUUGUGUAUAUUUCUGGUAUGGUUAAAUUUUGUUGCAAUUUAAUUGAAUCUAGUCAUUCAAUUCUUGCUCACUUGGCAAUCUGAAUGCCAUUCGUCUGUCUUUGCCUAUGCAACUCGAAGUUUCUGAACAAAUGCUUGGAAAUCUUAAGACAUGAAGUUGUCGGUCA